AUGCCCGAAAUUGACAAGUGGUCAAGGUUUACCGACUGGCUAUCGGAGGAAUUUAAAGCCGUGAAAGCGGAUUUCCCCUCACAAAAAUCUGGGGCUUUCUGGGACUCUCUCGAUCAGCAGCAGCAAGAAAUUCUCAAGGACUUGACUGACAAGCUCUACGAUUGGGUCGAUAACCUCACUGAGGAUCAACAGGAUUAUCUUAAAGACGGACCGCCUUAG